CUCUCCCCGCGCUGUCUUUAAGGCCCUCCUCCUCCUCUUUGCCUUCCUCCUCCUCACCCUCCCUCUCUCCAUCCAUCCAUCCCUCCAUCCCUGCCUCGCCACCGGGCUCUGCCUCGCCCGUUUCCCCCCUCUCCUUCCUUCCCCCUCACCCCCUCCCCUCCAUUUUCCCUCCCUCCCCCUGCCCACCCCCGCCGCCAGCCAUGGCCGACAUGAAGACCGGCAUCUUCGCCAAAAACGUCCAGAAACGCCUCAACCGCGCCCAGGAGAAGGUACUUCAAAAACUAGGAAAAGCGGAUGAAACAAAAGAUGAACAGUUUGAAGAAUACGUUCAGAAUUUCAAACGGCAAGAGGCAGAGGGUUCCAGGCUCCAGAGAGAACUGAGAGCAUAUUUAGCAGCCAUCAAAGGGAUGCAAGAUGCCUCAAAGAAGCUUACGGAGUCUCUUCACGAAGUCUACGAGCCAGAUUGGUACGGGCGAGAAGAUGUGAAAAUGAUUGGAGAGAAAUGUGAUGAACUUUGGGAAGACUUCCAUCAAAAACUGGUGGAUGGCUCGUUGUUGACCUUGGACACAUAUCUAGGACAAUUUCCUGAUAUCAAAACUCGCAUUGCAAAACGAAGCAGGAAGCUAGUGGACUACGACAGUGCAAGGCAUCAUCUAGAAGCCCUGCAGAGCUCCAAAAGAAAAGAUGAAGGCAGAAUUACCAAGGCAGAAGAAGAAUUUCAAAAAGCACAGAAAGUGUUUGAAGAGUUUAACACUGAUUUACAAGAGGAGUUGCCAUCUCUGUGGUCACGACGAGUUGGCUUCUAUGUGAACACCUUCAAAAAUGUAUCCAGCCUCGAAGCCAAGUUUCACAAGGAAAUAGCUGUACUAUGUCACAAACUUUAUGAAGUGAUGACGAAGCUGGGAGAUCAGCACGCAGACAAGGCCUUCACCAUCCAAGGGGCACCAAGUGAUUCAGGUCCUCUCCGCAUUGCAAAAACGCCGUCACCACCAGAGGAGGUCUCUCCACUGCCCAGCCCUACUGCUAGUCCCAACCACAUGCUGGCACCAGCAUCUCCAGCACCAGCCCGACCUAAGUCACCCACACAGCUGAGGAAAGGCCCGCCAGUCCCACCGCUGCCCAAGCUCACACCCACGAAGGAGUUGCAACAGGAGAACAUCAUUAACUUCUUCGAUGACAACUUUGUCCCAGAAAUAAAUGUGACGACCCCAUCACAGAAUGAAGUUCCUGAAGCUAAGAAAGAGGAAUCUUUGCUAGAUUUGGACUUCGACCCUUUCAAGCCAGAAGCUGUAACAACAGGAGUUACUCAUUCACCCAUGUCUCAGACAUUGCCAUGGGAUCUAUGGACGACGAGCAGCGAAUUGGUGCAGCCGGCAUCCAGCACAGCAUUUAAUGGAUUUGCACAGGAUACCUCUGCAUUUACAGUGCCAUCAAAUGAGAAUGUGACAGAGCCUUUGACUGAGGCUGAAGAAGCUCCUCCUGGGGAACCCAAAGUCGAGGAAACCCCUGCUGCUGCUGCUGCUGUUGUGGAAAAGGAGGCCGUCCCUGCUGAGCCUGCUGAGCCAGCAGAGCAGGCUGCGGACAGUGUCGAGGCAGGGGAAAAGGAGACAACUGGAGUUGCUGAGAAAGAAAGCGAGGUGGUACCUGUCACGGAGGCGGCUGCGGCAGCAGAGGAUGUGACAGCAGGAGCUGGGAACGGCACCGCCACCACCCAGCAGGAGGGUGUUGCUGAAGGUGACAGAGCUCAGGGAGAAGAAAAGGAGGCUGAUGUUGCUCAGGACAAGGCCAGCAGCAUCCCUUCGGUGGUAAUAGAGCCAGCAUCAAACAACGAGGGGGAGGGGGAAGAACACGAAGUGGUCACGAACGAGUCCAAAGAUGCUGCAGCAGAGCCGGGCACUCAGGGCACUGACACUGCUCCCAGUGAAACUUCCCAAGAUGGAAGUAAGCAGAAACCCACUGAAGAAAUCCAGGCUGCACCUUCUCAAGAUCAGCCUGUUCCAGCAGAAGACGCAGCUGCUGCGAUGCCACCCGGCUUUCUCUUUAAGGUUGAAGUUCUACACGAUUUUGAGGCAGCUAACAGCGAUGAGCUUAAUCUAAAACGAGGAGACAUUGUACUAGUAAUUCCUUCUGAGACCACGGCUGAUCAGGAGGCUGGCUGGUUGACAGGCAUUAAGGAAUGGGAGUGGCUUCAGUACAGAGAUGCAAACACUUACAAAGGACUUUUCCCAGAGAACUUCACGCGCCACCUGGAGUAGUUCUCCUCUCAGGCAGCCGAACGCGGUACGAAGCUCAGCCCAGUAGGUUUUUAACCUCUUUGAAACACAGGAGCUCACCUUUUUGUAGUUUAAGCUGUUAAUGGUUUACAGACUGGUGCCAGACAAAGCUUGUUGAAACAUAUCAAAAUGAGCAUGAAUGCAAACAGUUAAGCUAGCGAUUUCUGAAGCAGUACGUGAAAAAAAAAAAAAACAAAAAAAAAAUUUCAAAUAAAAAAAGAAAUGUCCUUAUUUGUUCACACGUAUGUGGCAACAGGUUUGUUUGUGCUUUGUCAGAGCUAUGGUGAUCCUGUAUUUGGUCCUUCCCCAUGAAAUCUGAAAUUAGCCUCCUCAAUACCAAAACCUUAACUUCUCUGCACUAAGUGUAUUGUAUUGAGUUGCACUGCAGAAGAUUGAAUUAGUUAUCCUGUAGUAAUGAGGUCAAACUAUUAUAAGUUUCAUGUGUUAAAAAAAAGAAAAUAAUUAACUGCUGCAACGUUUUUCAAUGUUAUUUUUGGACAUGCAUAAGAUAUAUAUACACACACAGGAAUUUCUAUGUGUGUAUAUAAGUGCAUAUGGAUAUAUAUGCAUUUUCACGACUCCAUGGUAGUUCUCUGACUGUGUAGUACCAUCAGUACAUGCAUUGCUCUUUCACUGUCUGGCAUUACAGGAAACGGUUUUGUUCCAAAGCAAAACUAGCUGCUCCAUUGCCAAAACAUGAUUCCAGUAUCUGUGUUUGUAAUGUGAAAUUUUCAUUCUGAGAUGAUGAAUAACAUCAUGUUCAAAGCUGCUAAACCUUUGAGAAGGCAUGGCUCGGUCUCCUCUCCCAGCUGCAGUAGUUACAAUGAGAUAAUCUGGAGGGGGAGCUGUUAUGAUGCUAAUCUAUACUUUUUUAUUUAAUUGGCUGAAUAAAUUUAAAAAAAAAAAAGAAACAGAACUAAUCUCUGAAGAAGAAAUAAACACAAUAUAUUUUCACUAUAUGUAUUUAUGCAGCAUACCUUCACAGAUCCUUUUAAAAUAAGAUAUAUAAUGUAUCCUGUAUCAAAAAGUCAUCUGUAACUUAUGUUUUCCAGUGCUGUGUCAUUAAAAAUAAACCUUUGAUCCAAA